CGCCAACCAACUCCCCCCCACACCCCCCGGUGGCGGCGGCCAUGGCUGGCGGGCGCUGAGGGUGGGUUCUGCUCGGCUGAGGCCCCCAGCGCGCAGCCAGGUGGGUUCAGGCAGGCUCCAGGAAUCGGGUAAUCUCGGCCAGGACUCGGGAGCGAUGUCGCAACUCCUCUACCGCGCUCUGGUGUCUGCAAAAUGGCUUUCAGAAGCCAUCAAGACCCAGCAAGCUGGUCUGGCCUUGAGAGUCGUGGACGCGUCCUGGUAUUUGCCAAAGAUGAAGCGUGAUCCAAAGCGUGAAUUUGAGGAGCGCCAUAUCCCUGGUGCAGUUUUCUUUGACAUUGACCAGUGCAGCGACCGUACUUCGCCUUACGAUCACAUGCUGCCCAAGGCUGAUGACUUUGCUGAGUAUGUGGGGAAGCUGGGCGUGGGGAAUGAUUCCCAUGUUGUGGUGUAUGAUGGCAGUGACCAGGGGCUCUUCUCAGCGCCCCGGGUGUGGUGGAUGUUCCGGGCCUUUGGACACGAAGCUGUCUCCCUUCUGGAUGGUGGUCUGAAGAACUGGCAGCGAGAGGGGCAUGCGGUGAGCUCUGGGAAAAGCCAGGUAGCUCCCUCUGAGUUCCACGCCUCCUUGGACAAGUCCCUGGUGAAAACAUAUGAAGACGUCUUAGAUAAUUUGGAUUCCCACCGCUUCCAACUAGUGGAUGCGCGCGCUGCAGGACGGUUCCAGGGAGUAGAGCCAGAGCCCCGAGAUGGAAUUGAGCCUGGUCAUGUCCCCGGGUCAGCAAACAUCCCCUUCACCGAUUUCCUCACAGAGUCUGGCUUAGAGAAGACCCCUGAGCAGAUCCGCAGUCUGUUCCAGGAGAAGAAGGUGGACCUCUUAAAGCCGGUGGUAGCCACGUGUGGCUCUGGGGUCACUGCCUGCCACGUGGCUCUGGGGGCAUACCUCUGUGGCAAACCAGAUGUUGCGGUGUACGACGGGGCCUGGGUGGAAUGGUACAUGCGGGCACAGCCUGAAAACAUAAUUUCUGAGGGAAAGGGGAAGACGGUGUAAAUAAACUGCUUCGUCUCCCAGCUGUGCAGAUAAUUUGCCUUGAAACAGGAUUUGGAAAAGAUGGGUUUAUCGUUCCUGGUUAAGUGUCGUGAGGGGAAGGUGUUGAGUAACAAGUACUGGCACAUGGUGCUUUGCCACUUUCUCCUUAGCCUACUGCUGCUGCUUAGGAGCAUAAAGAUAACUUGGACAGCUAGCUGUAGGUGACCCUGCCUGAGCAGGUGGGGUGAACCAGGUGUCCUCCCAAGGUCACUUCCAACCUCAGCUGUUCUGUGCUUCUGUGACCUUUUUUACCAUAUCAAAUGGAAGGGAGAGAGUGCUGCUGGCAGCAAGGGGAAGUAAUUGAGUCAAGCCAAGCUCAUGACUCAGGAUGUUCUACCAUGUUCACUCAACAGGAUGGUCAUACUUGUCUAACUAUGCCUCAUGAUCCUGCUCUUUGCCUCUGUCUUAGAAGCCAUCCGUGCACUUUAUGGCUAUUUUGAGUGCAAAGGUUUGGGGAAAGACAGUAGCUGUUAAAGGAGCAAAUAUGGCUUCCAGGUUGGCACUUAGGUUAGAGACUUGGUUCAGAUCUCUUCUUGCACUUAGACUGUAACUGCAAUGUGUACUUAGCCAGUUUUGUACUGCUAUGAUCCAGAAUCCCCACUGGGGAAAAAAAAAUAUUCUGGGAGUAAAAAAAGGGUAAAUAAAUGUGUUUCAAGGUCUUUCUGCUGAAUGAAACUUA